AACUUGCUUUUGUUGGAGACGGGGAUUGCUCUAGGCACCUCAGGUUUUUCUUUCUUCUCAAGAUGAGUGUAGUUCGGAAACCCAAUAUGAGAAGUGGAGAUUACUUGGAAGCAAUGAUCAAUGAUUAUGUGGGAGCAAAACCCAAAAUAAAAGUUAAUAGAAGUGCCUCUGCCCGCCUUGUAGCUGCCCUCACCUGUCUUCAGUUUGCAUUUGCUAUCUAUGCCACCUUUCUUGUGUACUACAUGAGCCCAGCUGUAGAUUUACGAACGAAACCAAAUUUCUCAUGGGCUACCCGGAUUGCCAAACAAUGGAAAGAGUUCAUCAUCUCACCACACGUUAUGGGAUACUACCAAGAAACUUCUUCCCUUAUUGCAGCCGAACUUCUUCCAAUCGACCCAUCUGAGGUAUGCGAGCAUGAAAAGAUUGAUUUCUUGCAGAAGAAAUCAAAUGAUACGCAGAUGAUCAAGCUAAAGAGGGAGCUCUAUGAUGAGGUGUUAGAAUUCCAACGUAAGUCAUUUGGGACUGAGUCCCUUUCAGAGCUUAUGGCGAUGAGGUCAAAGUGGGAUUUACGAGGAACAAAAAUUCCAAGAGUCACUGUGAUUUUGAACCAUUUUAAGAGGAAAACACUCUGCUCGCAGCUUGAUUCCCUACUUCAACAGACCCUUCCCUUCCACAGUGUCUGGGUUCUGGCAUUUGGAAGCCCGAAUGAGCUCUCACUGAAGAGGAUUGCGCAUAGUUACAAUGAUUCAAGGAUCAGCUUCGUCGGUUCGAGCUAUGAUUUCAAGUAUUAUGGAAGAUUCCAAAUGGCACUGCAAACAGAAGCUGAUCUUAUAUACAUCCUUGAUGAUGACAUGAUACCUGGUAAGAAGAUGCUACAGAUACUAUCCCAUGUGGCUGGGACAGAGAAAUAUAAGAACUCAGUGUUGGGCAGUAUAGGGAGGAUUCUGCCUUUUAGACAGAAGGAUUAUACAUUUCCAAGCUAUAGAAAGUUUCGAUCGAAGGAAGCGGGGCUAUAUUUGCCUGACCCUGCUUAUGAUAUCACAGUUGAGAGAAUUGUGCAGGUGGAUUUUCUGUCUAGCUCAUGGUUUUUAUCAGCGGAGUUGGUUAAGACACUUUUCAUUGAAACACCCUUCACCUUCAUGACCGGUGAAGAUCUGCACCUAAGCUAUCAGCUCCAAAAGUACAGAAACGCCGGAUCUUUUGUGCUUCCCGUUGACGUAAAAGAUAUUGAUACCUGGGGUGACAGUGAACACAGGCUUGCUUAUGUGUCUGAGACCACAGUCAUAUUUAAAGAUAUUGUUCAAGUUCGAGAUGAUCAAUGGUGGCGAGCCCUCUCUACAGGUUAUAUGACUCAAUGGGCAGCAAUGUAUCCUCAAAAAAUAGAUGCUCUCUUCUAUGCCCAUUCACUUGAAGAAGUGAAAGUACUUGCACCCCUUCUCGAAAAAUUCAGGUCCACGGUUGGGAAGAAGGCCUAUAUUGCCAUCUCUGGAGGCAGUUACUGUCCUUGUGAAGAAGCUGCAUCUGCUCUGAAGUGGCCCAAAUCAGUUUGCAGAGAGAGAAGAUUCAAGAUUUUCGAUUUGGGAAUAGGGGCUAUUUCAGAUUCGUCUGAUUCAGAAGUUCCUGUCCUUCAAGCAGUGUACUCAAGCAUGAAAGGUCUGAUUAAAAUUCACAACCCCAGUGUACUGAUCACUGUGUCUGAUAUUGAUACACAUGUGAAGAAAGCUCUGAAAACGGUCUCUGAGACUAGUUCAAACUGUUCCACGCUGAUACUUCUACCAAGGUCUUCUGUGUCCCGGGUUCUCUGGAUGGCUGAUCUACGAUCAACAGCAUUACCAAAUUGGAACCAGAUGAGGAUCUCGGUGAGCAUCGUAACCCAAAACCGUGCUACUUCUCUCAUGAGGCUUCUCAAAUCUCUGAGUGAUGCCUAUUACAUUGGUGAUGAGAUCUCUAUUAGCUUUAGCAUGGACAGUAAGGUGGAUGAAGAGACUAUAAGGCUUGUGAACUCAUUCCAGUGGCCCCAUGGUCACAAAACCCUCAGAAGAAGAAUCAUUCAAGGAGGGCUUAUCAGAGCUGUCAGUGAGAGCUGGUAUCCAUCAUCUAAUAAUGACUUUGGUCUCCUACUUGAAGAUGACAUUGAGGUCUCUCCAUACUACUAUCUGUGGAUCAAAUAUGCCCUCUUAGCUUAUCAUUAUGAUCCACAAGUAUCCCUCCCCGAACUCUCUUCCAUCUCUCUCUACACCCCAAGAUUGGUUGAAGUGGUCAAAGAGAGACCCAAGUGGAAUGCAACUGACUUUUUCAAGCGCAUCCAUCCAAACACACCUUAUCUCCAUCAGUUACCUUGCAGUUGGGGUGCACUUUUCUUCCCCAAACACUGGAGAGAAUUCUAUGUCUACAUGAACAUGAGGUUCACAGAAGAUGCUAAGAAAAACCCAGUUCAAAUUCCAAAAUCUAGAACUAAUGGUUGGCAAGCUUCAUGGAAGAAGUUCCUGAUUGAUAUGAUGUACCUAAGAGGAUAUGUUAGUCUCUAUCCAAACUUCCCCAAUCAGGCAAGUUUUUCAACCAACCAUAUGGAACCUGGGGCACAUGUUAGUGCUAAGGACAAUGUCGUUAGGCAUGACAAGGCAGAUUUUGAAGUGCCAUUGUUGAAGGAGGACUUCAGGGGGUUGCUGCCAGGGGGAAAGUUACCUCCUGCGUCAAAGUUGCCAUCAGUGAAUCUUUUCAACCAAGCAGUCUCUCUAAAGGGGCUGAAGGCAGCUGGUGCAAAGUUGGGGCAGGAUGUGAUUGGAUGCAAUAAUUUGACAGAAAUUGUUGCUGUGGAUCAUGAAACUGGUCUGCCUGGCCACUGUGCAAAAUUCUGAUUCUUGAAUUGUUUUUAGUUGUCUUUCCUUGUUUUCUAACAGAUUUAAUAGCUCAAUUGUCAUUCUUUUCCUAAAUGUUCAUGAAAAGAUUGUUGGGAUAAAACAGGGCAAAUCAAAGGAUGCUCACUGUUUCUUCUUUAUUUGAUUCCCCAUGUGAUGGAAGGAGAAUGAUGAUUCUUGAUGGGGAAUAACAAUUGUGCUCACAUUAUUGUUGUUUUA